CCUUCCUCUACUUCCUCUCUCGCGCAGCGACGCUCUUCUUGCUCGCCUUCCUUUCUCUCUCUCUCUGUCUCUCUCCGCUCUAAACCCUAACUUAGUUUCCUUGGAGAUCGAAGAGGAGGAGAGGUUGAAGUGGGAAACCCUAGGGAAGAGAGAGAGAGAGAGGGAGAGAGAUCGAGGCGGCUGCCGAUGGCGGACAACCGGCCGCCGCAGCGGGGGGCCCGGCCCGGGCCUUGGCCACCGGCUGCAGAAGCGGGGACGGCCGCGGGGGCUCCUGCUCCGGCUCCGGCGCCGCUAUCCUGGGCGAAGAGGACCGGGUUCAAGGGAAGGGUCUCCGGGGAAUCCAACGCGAGUAACUCCGGCCAGAUUGCGCUACCGAAGCCCAAAGAGCCGGGAUCGGACCUGGAUCUGGAGGCGGGGCGUAGGGGCCACGCAGCCAGUGCCCUUCCGUCGCCUCCUGUCCCGGCCGCUGCCGCCGCUGCCAAUGGGGAGCCUGACAACAUGGCCGGAGGAGGAGUAGGAGGAGGUGGAGCAGCCCCGUUGCCGGCUGAUCAGACGGCGAGGAGCAGGAGGGAUUCCGAUGGUGGAAACAAGAAUGCAGGUUUGGGGCCCAAUGGACAGGCAGUACGGUCUGACCAGCCAUUGAGGCAACGGAGGGAGCAGGAGACAGCCACGCUGCCUCAGCUAGAGGAGGAAGAGGGGGGCUUUUCGUUGAGACGGGUUCAUAUCAAGUAUGAGCUGAGGGAUAGUCCCGGUCUCGUGCCCAUAUUCUUUUAUGGUAUUCAACAGUAUCUGUCAAUAAUGGGUUCCUUGAUUCUUAUACCACUGGUUAUAGUUCCAGCAAUGGGUGGCACUCAUGAAGAUAUUUCAGCUGUGGUGUCGACUGUGUUCUUCAUCUCAGGUGUGACAACAUUGUUGCACACAUUCUUUGGAACCAGGCUACCACUAAUACAGGGUCCUUCUUUUGUGUAUCUGGCUCCAGCCUUAGCAAUAAUUAACUCACCAGACUUUCAAGGUCUUAAUGAGAAUAAUUUUAAGCAUAUUAUGAAGGAGCUACAGGGAGCUUUAAUAAUAUCUUCUGCAUUUCAAGCUAUAAUGGGGUAUACUGGAAUGAUGUCAUUGCUUUUAAGGUUGAUCAAUCCAGUCGUUGUAUCUCCCACCAUUGCAGCAGUUGGACUUUCUUUUUUUAGUUAUGGCUUUACUCAAGUAGGAAAUUGCCUGGAAAUUGGUAUGGUGCAGAUAUUGCUGGUUGUCGUUUUUUCACUUUAUCUUAGGAAGAUACGCAUAUUUGGUCAUCGAAUAUUUUUAAUUUAUGCGGUUCCCUUGGGUCUGGGAAUCACAUGGGCCAUUGCAUUUCUUCUCACAGCAUCUGGUGUAUAUAGCUACGGAGGUUGUGAUAUUCAUAUUCCUGCAUCAAAUACUCUAUCAGAAUACUGCAGAAAGCAUGUGCCAAGGAUGAAACACUGUCGUGUUGAUACUUCUCAUGCCUUAAGAUCUUCACCAUGGUUUCGACUUCCUUAUCCAUUGCAAUGGGGCACUCCUGUUUUCAAUUGGAAAAUGGCCAUUGUAAUGUGUGUAAUAUCCAUUAUUGCAACUGUUGACUCGGUCGGCACAUACCACGCAUCAUCUUUGUUGGUAGCAUCAAGACCUCCAACAGCGGGAGUUCUCAGCAGGGGUAUUGGUAUGGAAGGCAUUUCUAGCAUUUUCGCUGGUCUUUGGGGUACAGGAGUUGGUUCAACAACUCUUACAGAAAAUGUUCACACUAUUGCUGUCACUAAAAUGGGCAGUCGCAGAGCAGUUGAACUGGGUGCUGUAAUGUUAAUACUUUUAUCUUUUGUUGGUAAAGUCGGAGGCUUUAUUGCUUCUAUCCCUGAUGUCAUGGUUGCUGGUCUUCUUUGCUUUAUGUGGGCCAUGCUUGCUGCUUUGGGCUUGUCAAACCUACGUUACAGUGAGACAGGAAGCUCCAGAAAUAAUAUCAUAGUUGGACUCUCUUUGUUUUUUUCCUUAUCUGUGCCUGCUUACUUCCAGCAAUAUGGCCUUGUUCCGAAUGCAAAUUCAUCUGUGCCAAGUUACUUCCAACCAUAUAUCGUGGCAUCACAUGGGCCUUUUCAUACCGGAUAUAAAGGGAUAAAUUUUGUCUUAAACACGCUGUUCUCAUUCAACAUGGUGAUAGCAUUUCUUGUUGCUGUGGUUCUCGAUAAUACUGUUCCUGGUAGUCGGCAAGAACGAGGGGUGUAUGUUUGGUCUGAACUAGAGGCAGCAAGGAGGGAACCAGCUGUCACGAGAGACUAUGAGCUGCCUUUCAAAGUUGGUAAAAUAUUCAGAUGGGUGAAAUGGGUUGGCCUAUAAAUGUGUCAUCUAAUAGGAGCAGCCUAUCCAGGAGACACCAUGACCAGAUAUUUUAUUCAUGCAAGCCAAGCACAGGAGGUCAUCUCACAAUUUGUACUGUUUCUCCAAUCUGACAUGAAUGUCUGAUGAGUUGCCUGUUCGAGGACCAAGAUGAGUAUGCGCUUUGUGGUUUGUUUGCACUUCCAAGAUACCAAUUUCUUGUAAUUUAUAUAGCAGAUUUUAAAUUAAACAGCACGUGUUCCGUGGAUUUUUGUGAUCCAUGAGGUAUGAUUAGAUUUUGUUGGAGUGUUAGGUCCAAGAGUUUGUGAAUGAGUUUUUGUACAGUUAAUACACGUGUGGUAUCCAUGACUUUCUAAAAGCAUGGCCUGUCUUAUAUC